UUCCAGACUCUGAGUUGAUGGGUGUGGAGGAGGUUCAGUAAAUGAAGAAGUGAGUUUUGGGUUGUUUUUUCACUGUCACAUCUUUCAUUCAUGUCGUAGAGGAAGCAAAAGAUGGAUUCAGUUCAAGCAGCAGCGGUUUAAACAGAGAAAAUGUUUCACGUUAAAGAUACAAUCAAAAGUAAAAUCCUGCUUGAUUUGGUCUAAACUCAAUAAAGAAAUGAGGCCCAGCUUUGUCUUGUGAUACAGAGGAAAUAAAAGAGAGCAUGUGUUUGAAUGGUCUGGUUUUACAAUCAGCUUUACAGCCAUAAAUGUGCAGCCAAAGAGACAAAGUCAGUCACUCAGUCACUUCCUCCACCAGUAAACAGCCUCAACACUCUGCACAUCAACAGGUCGACAACUGAGACCAACACAUCAUGAAGACCAGAUCCAGCAGUUUGGAAUCCAUCCAGGAGGCAGCAAUGUUCAGAUCAACAGGUGUUGUCGGAAACCCGUACCUGGCAGGAGGAUUCCUGAUGGUAACCUCCCUGCUGGGCUUCCUCAUCAUCAUCGGGGCUUUCUGGUACAAUCGACGCAAUCUCAGCCUUCUUAAAAGAUCCUGCAUCAUAUCCUGCUCCUACCAGCAAAACUGCCUCGUGGGUGUUCAACUCGUCUACAAGUCCCUAGUGUCUCUGCUCUUCAUGGACGCUCUGAAUCUGAUCGUGGCAAUAAUCUUUGGAGCCUCACUGGUUCAAUUGUCUUGCAAUGAUGUAAUCAGGUGUGAUUAUGUUGAAAUCACAUGGUUCCUGUCCAGGUGGUUUGGAGUGAUUAUUCAUCUUGUGAAUGCCUCAUUGUCCAUCUAUCAUCUGUGUCAGCCACUGAGUGUAACCAGGGUUCGCAUCACCUACUCAUUCAUUUCUCUACUGAUUAUCAUUGUGGUUCCACUUUAUCUGUAUGUCACCAAAGCGGCCAUAUUCACUUUGGCCGCUUUCAUGUUUCUGUUUGCUCUGUCCGUCAUUGUAACAUCUACAGAGUCUACCUCGUCCCCGUCCACAGACACCCUGAAGAAACUGAUCGUGGUAGUUGCAAUGUGCAACUUCCUGGUUGUCUACGUUCCCACUUUCAUUGUUCAGUGCCUCCUUUACACUGCAGUCCACGAUGAGGACUUCGAGAAAUAUACAACUGCUUAUGCAAAUGUUCAGGUUUUCACAAACUUUCGCCUCAUUUUCGAUGGACUCCAGUGUGCUUUAAUCCUGAAAUUGCCUUCUGGAGAAGAACAGCAACAACAGUUGGGUUUCCCAAAUCCAGGAUACACUGUGUCUACAAAUGUAAAUCAAUAAUGAGCAAAAUUAUGUCUCCACACCACAAAAAUCAAUGUGCAUCCCAACCACUGAUAGAUAAUCGAGAAUUGUGUCAUUAUUCUGAAUUAUUACUGUCAUCAUAGAUUGUACUUGUUGGACAGAAGGAUGCAGCACCUACUUUAUUCAAGUAAAUCCUGAAAUCAAACAUUAAAAUCAGUGUUUCACCCUCUGUGUCUGAUUUAAAAUCCAGUAUAAAUCAAGAAGAAAUGUGUGAAUGCUUUCAUAAUGUGCUGGCAGUGGGGAGCUGCAGAAAAUGAAGUUGAUGGAAAUAGCAGCAACUUUGAAAACUUUUCAAAAUAAAACAUCUGUUCAA